AUGGGUAGAAGAAGCUCUGACCGUGUGAUUUACACGCUGAAGAGCUCAACGAUGGACGAGGACACGACUGAGAAGAAGUGGGCCAUCGAGCAGACAAGUCACAACUCCACCGAAAAUCGACGAGCGUCGUCGUUCGCAACGACAUUCAAGGACAAGACGCGCAUGGCAAAAAUGCCGAGGGGUUAUAGACACAACCGCGGCGUUCUCUGCUGUUGGACGACUUCGAUGACUCAAUGUGGGAAGAUCACGAGGGGGUUCAGCCGCGACAAGUUUUUCGGUUGA